UAUUCAUCGACAAAACACUGGGACGAGCGGGGACGAGCAAUGCGUCUUUCCGCCGAAGCUAUCGAGCAUGAAUAGUACCUUCGUUGUUGUUGGAGGUGGAAUUGCAGGUGUUUCUUGCGUGGAACAGCUGUCUCAGAUAUGCGCGAAAGAAACUAUUACUUUUAUUACAGCAAGAGAUGUGGUCAAGGCUGCUCACAACCUCAAAACUUACGGUAGAACACUAGAGGAGUUUGAUGUGAAAGAACAAUCAGCCAAUUCGGUGUUCAACUAUUGCCCUAAUGUUGUCAUUGUGCAGUCACAAGUCGUCGCGUUUAACCCUGAAGGUACUUAUCACAAGAAUUAAAUUUCAAGUUUCCUCACGAUUUGAAACUGCACCACAAGAAACUGUUCAAUCUAUGUGUGUUUUUGCUCAAUCGAAGCUGAGGGUAGGUACUUUAAGUAGGGUUAUUAAAGUGUAUCAAGAAUGCAUUUGAAAUAAUGUAUUAAAUGUAUAGCCUUGUAUUACUAUACAUUGCCAUGUAUAUACACCUUAUUCGAUGGUUUAGCGUAUAAUAUGUGCGGAUAUUUUGCGAGUUGCGUGUGAGGAAAAAUAGGAGCAAUGAGCAAAAUGGGCGAUUCCACAAAAUAUCCAUACCAUACCACGGACGGCUUUAAGGAUUUCCGAAGGGGAGGGGGGAUUCACGAUUAUGGAAUUCUGAAGGCAUGGGGGGGUAUUUACGAUUUGAAAUCCGAAGGUAUGGGGGAAUUCCACAGGUGGGAUUUCUGGAGUAGAAAGUGUAGAGUAAGUUCCUGGAAAACGCUAUUGUUGUGGACUUUUGUAGUUCGUAAAUAAACCACGAACGUAUGACCGCGGAAGCAGAAGACAAGCAUCGAUAGAUCAGACACGUGUUUACGCUCAUAACUUAUAGAAGUGAACAGUAAAACGUUGGUUUCACAUUUACCUUGAUGAAUUUCUUGUCACGUGAAUAAAAACUGAAAAUGUAUCUUUUAAUACCGCUUGCAAAUUUCUUGUUACUCCCGUCCGAAACCGUCCGAUAAACAGUAAAAACUCGCACCAGUCCCUCACUUCCAAGGAACGCCUGUCAGAUUAGAACGCUUUUAAAUGCGCACUACAUGACCUAUAAAAGGACGCAACACGACUCGAUGGUAUAUUUGACCGCCAAAAGAUUUUAACAGUCUGUUUGAGCUAUUUUCCUUUGUAAACGUCAAAACAGCACAAGAAAACAAAGAGGAGUAAAAUUACCUUAAGUGGUGUUUAUUUUUAUAGCCAAAUUCGGACUUAAAAAGGAGUUUGCACGGCCUGGCAACUAGCGUAGGUUUUUCUUGUCACUGAAGAGUAAAGCUUGUCACCUGGCGCCGCUAGAUCACAGCCUUGAGGAGGCAUAAAUUCAUGUUCGUUUGUUCUUAUAGGCGUUGCUAAGUCGAAAAUGUACUUCCAAAAAAAACCGGAAAUUCUGAAGGGGAGGAGGGGUUCACGACUAUGGAAUUCUUAGGGCAUGGGGGGGUAGCGCAUUUUGGAAUUUCCGAAGGCAAGGGGGGGUUAAAACAUGGAAGCCGUCCGUGGUUGGGUAUGGAUAUUUUCUGGAAUUGCCCAAUGUCCGCUCGUAUUAUAUGCGAAAGCAUCGAAUAAGGGGUUUAUUAUUCCACUACAAAAAAAAAAAAAUGUUGUUUGGCAAUUGGCUUCUAUUUUAGGUAAGAGUAUUCAGAAACAUCCUGAUUCCGUCUGUAAGAAUGACGUUAACAAUUAGCAAUAUAUUCGCGCUUAUUAUAUGCCAAACUAUUGAAUGAGAGGUUCAUUCAUGAUUUUACUGCAAAAGAAAAAAUGUUAUUUUGGCUUCUAUUUUCUAGUAAGAGUAUCCAAAACAUCCUGAUUCUGCCAGCCAUAGUUGCUCCUUUUGCAUCCGCCAGUAUUCACCCUGUUGUAAACCGGUUAAACCAGGACACUACAGUGCAUUACGGCCUCGUAUUUUGCUUGUUCUUUUGACCUUAUACGGUAAAAUGACAUAAUAGUGGAAUAAUAAAGCCGUGUAUUGCCAUGUAUGGCAAUACAUGGUUAUAAAUGGCUAUACAUGGCAAUACAUGGUAAUACAUGGCUAUAUUUAUACAUUUCUUGAUACACUUUAAUAACUCUACUUUAAGUACCUACCAAGCUGAGUGUGCAAAGUUAAAAGACUAUUGUGGGCUCAGGGCCAUUCAAUUCUAUAUCCACACCCCUCCCCAUAUAGAUGAGAUUUUUUGAAGGGGUUUUCUGUGAGAAAGGGUUCAAUACUAGGAGAGAGGUUUUUCUGAAGGAGGUUGUUGUCCAAAAUGUCAAUUUCUGAAGGGUGCAAAUACCAAGAAUAAAUUUCUGAAAUGAUAAAGGGGUCAGAGGUACAUCAACAAUAUAGGCAUGGUGAAUACUGUUUUUCUUAUGAAGAGUACUGUAAUCUUCUUUUCUGAAGGGGACAAAUAACAUCGCCAUAUUUUCCGAAGGUUACAGAACAAAAAUAAUACUAUUUGUGAGUGUAUCUAAGAAUAAAUGCUAAUUUCUGAGAGGGGGAGAACCCCAGAAAUAUUUUUCCUAAAGGGGGGUGGACAUUAAAGGAAUGGCCCUCAUUUGUGGGGUACAAAUUAUUGGAUACAACCCAAAAAAUGCUAUCUAGAGAUUAAAUGAGAUGUUUUCCAAUUUUUACGUAUUAUUCCUAAACAGUUCGACUCAAUGGUGGUUAACAUAAGGGAGAAAAUAUUAUCUUAUGUAGUGAAGGAAAAAGUCACUGAAAAUGAGAUGCAUGUCAGAGAAAAACCCUUUCUCUCCAGGAGCAAGAUUCGCCAGAGUUUCAGUGGAUAGAGCUCGGGAGGUCAUCGAUUUUAAUAUAUUACAAAACAACACCAAUCAAAUUCUGAGGGGAAAAAUAAUGCAUCAGUCAAUUCCAGCUGCAUCAAUCCUCCUCCCCCCCCCCUGGGUAAUUGCAGCAUAUUUUUGAAGCACAUGUUGUCAGUCCCAGGAUUUAGGCAUUAAUAAACAACUCUUUUGUGACCUGGGGGAUCACGCAUUUGCCAAGCCAGGCUUAUCACAUGCAUAUGAUUUCUUACUCAGAAUUCAAACAUAGCUAAACAUGGGGGAGAUUACAGGGAAAAAGGGCAGACUGGCUUGUUUGUCAACGACUAGAAAAACUCGUAGAUAUUAUUUUUAGUGGUAUUUUUCUCAAUUUCCUCUUUUCUUUUUAAUUACAGUCAACUCUCUUUAUGGACACUCCAGGGACUUCGAGUUAGUAUCCUCAUUAGCAAGAGUCCAUAAUAACAAGAGUUUAUUUCCAUCAAAUGUCUGUAAUUUAUUUUGUCCUAAUAUUUAGCUGCUGUCCGUAUUAUAGGGAUGUCUGUUAUAGCGGGGUGUCCACAAGGCAAGAGUUGACUGUAUAUUGAGAUCAAGAGUGAGUGCCCCCAUGCAGGCAUGCCUUUUUGUUACCAAAUCAUUAACUAAGACAAGCAAGCAUUGACCCUAGGUGAAUACAAAAAAAAUAAUGCGAGGGCCGGAAUUUAAAUCAAAGUUUGUUUUGUAUUCAAAAUUUAUUUUAUUGAAAUUUUGAUAAAGAACACCCAAAAUAUCUUGACAAAAAUGUAUCGUAAGGUGACUAUAGUGUCUCCUUUCAUUCAUCCUUGUUGUAAUUUUUUAAUGUCCAGGAAGUCUUGGUAGUUAAUAUGGUAAGCAACUUAUGUUCAUGCUCUACAUGUAUGUAAUUGUCCUUUAAAGAUGACUGGUGUAUUGGUUGAAUUUUCUUGAUACUAAGAGGUUGUCAAAAUGGCUAUCAAGAAAUUUUUUCCAUUUCAAUUUUGUUCCAGUUCCCGACCCAAGGGGCAACAUUCUGUUGUAAGUUUCCUAAAAUUCACCACCCGGGUCUUUGGAUCCCCCUCCCACCCCCAGGGGAUAAAUUGACAGGUGGAUUUUUGUAUAUUUCAGAGCACUGGAUUUUGACCGACAAAGAUGAGAAGUUUGUUUACAAGAAGCUAUGUAUUUGCACAGGAGGAAGACCAAACAUUAUUUCCAAAAGUCCUUUUGUUGUCGGUAUCAGAGACACUGAAAGUGUUCAACAGUUAAAAGACAAGCUUUCAAAAGCACGCAGAGUUGUAAUUGUUGGCAAUGGUGGAAUAGCAUUGGAACUUGUGUGAGUUUUUUUUGGCGCUUAUUUGGUUUUUAGAUGAUUAUUUUUGUUUUUGGUUCCUAAUAUGUCUUCAUGUUUCUAAUGUUGUUAUUAUUUCUUCUUAACAAAAAAUGGCUACUAAAAUAUUACGGUGAGAACAAAUUAUAGAGGAUGAAAGCCUUGUUUCUUAUUAUUGUUUGUGCUACAGUAAAACUUUGCUGUAUGUUUUUUUUUCUUACUGCAGUUAUGAAUUGUAUGGCUGCCAAGUUCUUUGGGCCAUUAAGGAUGAUGCCAUAGGGAAUGCUUUUUUUGACAAGGGUGCAGCAACAUUCUUUCUUCCCCACCUGGAGUCUAACCUUCCUGUUGCUAUGGCAAAUCAAAAGUGUAUGGAAAGUUAUGUUAAAAGAAUGAAGUAUGGCAUUGAGACUUCACUCAGUUCUGGUCAGUAUAAGAUAAGUCUCUUAUACUGCUGCUGUUCAUAUUAUCACCCAACCUUAAUGAAACAAUGAAUAUAUGAGAAUCAUAUAGAGUUGUACCCGGGGUGGGGUACUUCCUUAUAAGAGGCUAAUGGGGAUGUGCUGCUGGAUGGGGUCGCAUUUUCACGACUGGAGAGACUAUAAUGGGGUCAGAUUUUCCAUACAGUUACCAGAAUGAGGUUGCACAUUUUCGGAUUUUUUGGGGUAAGACAGUUCUUCAUAUUUACGGUUAGCAAACAUACCAGAAUGUUUGUACUGUAGAUGAAAAGUAAAGUGUUCUUCAUUCAAUCUAAAAAAUUAAAAGUGACUAAGUUGGGAUUGCAAAAAUUACAUAUUUGCCCAAAAGUGACUAAGAUGGGAUCUAUGAUUGGCCACAGAAUAGACUAUAAUGGGGUAGGGGCUCUGAGAGGCCAGGGGCACAUACCCAGGAAAAAUUAACCCAGGUAACCUUUCAUCGUGGAGUUAUAAAGUAGGGCGAUUCUGAUCUUUCUAUCAAGGUUGGCAACAAGGUGUGUUUUGGGGGAAAAGUGGGUCUGCCAUUACAUUUUGUUUUAUUAGUGUAGGUCUAAGUUUUCAUGGUUUCGGGUGUCGGCGGGUGCGCGCGCGCUCGGAGUGACAGAGUGAUUGUUACCUUAGAGUGUACGUCCAUAAUGGGGGGGUCUAAACGGUACUACAGAGUUAUUUGUAUCUUGUAUCUUUGUAUCUUACAAUAAUAAGAAAACUCACAAAUUAAAGACGGCAGCAAAAACGUCAAUCAAAAAGUGACUUCGCAUUCUUUAAAACUGAGUGGGGCCUGAGUUUUCUAGGGCCGAGUUUUCUGGAUUUGAGGGGGCCUGAGUUUUAGGGUCUAGUUUUCUAGUUCUGAGAUUUCUAGACAUCCGAGUAUGCAGAGUAUGAGAAGAUCUUUUAGAAACAACAUGGAUUUAUUGUAACCUGAAAAUUGCAUGCAAUACAUUCUCUUCAGAAAGUAGCUAUGUCUGGACUUCUCCUCGUAAAGUAUGGCAAAGGAACUCCUGUAGGUUGACUUCAAUAAGUGAUCACCUCCCAUAAGCAACCACUAACUGUUUACAUUUGGGUGGUUGCUUAUGGAAAGUUUGACUGUACUAAAACUGCAGGACAAAGUAAAUGUAAAGAAGAUCACUAGUGGACUAUGUCGGAAAUUAACCCCAUUUUGGAUUUCCCUUGGAUUUCCCGCAUACUAAUUUGGAUUUCCUGCAUACUAAUUAAGUGUCUUUCUCCAUAUAUAAUGAAGUGGAUAGGUUUACUAAUGAGCGUCACUCUACUACAAUAGGAACAAUAGGCUUGCCUAGACUUGCCCGGUAAGUAACUUGAGCUCGGUUUUCGGACCGUCUAUGAAAAGAAAAAUAGGAAUAAGAGAAGUGAUCACCUAGCAACGCGAGAAACGGCUUCCUAUAUCUUAUUUAGCGCUAAAACUCAGAUAUACAUAAACAAAACACAUACAGAAAGUGGAGUUGAAAACGAUUUAUUUCAAGUUUGUCUGACUAUUACAGAACUGUUUUCUCCGUUUUAUCUCGAGGAAAUGAAAAACUAUUUUCACGCACGGUUAAUCAGUUAAUUAUGCAAGUUCACAAGUCCAAAGUUGAAUACAAAUUAGCUCUACAGGAAAAACCUCAAGGGAGCAUAUUCACGUAUUAUUAUAAAACAGAUAACUUAACAAGGAUCAAUUAAAACACGCGAUUCAUAAUUGCUAGCAAUAAAAAGACAAGAGAGAUACCGUUUUAAACAACUUUUUUAAAAAACAAUGACAAAAAGAGUCAAAUACACAGUGAUUUGUAAGGAAUGGAAAUUAAUCAAUUCCUUCUUCUUCGCCCAUGGAGUACUUGUAAGGUUUGAAUUUCUUAUGCCGACGUUUCUUCAGCUGUUUGCCAUGUGAUUUAUGAUCAUCCAAAUAAUUUAGAAAUUGAAUCCGACACCUUUUGCGCUUCGGGCCAUGUUGUGAUGGGGUUUCUACUGUGGGAGGAGGGGUCAGGAAAGCAGGAUUUAAGGGUGGUGGAGGGGUGAGGCUUUCUUUGUCAGCUUUUUGAGAGAUAGCUGCCUCUGUUAAUAAACAAUUAUUGGAUGAGGUUGAGCAUGAUAUCAUGAAUUAUCAAAACCGAGGCAGAUAAUACAGACACAAGGUUUUGAUAAUUCAUGAUAUCAUGCGAAAACCGAAUUCAAUAAUUGUUUUAUUAUACAUUUUUUAAAUAAUAGGCGAAAGAGGACAUUCAUUCUUUCUCAUUCCUUUGUGCUGGUACGCUGUCUCCGAGAGGCAAAUGUUGCUAUUUUUUGCGGGAGGUUUAGUUGAAGUAGACAAACAUCUCUUUCAAAGGGUCUCUUUUAUUACUUCCAUGAUUCUACCACUGAAUUAUAUUUUCGUUCUGCUACUCGCCAAUGUCGAUGUUACUCCAAAACAAAAACAACUAAGUACUGUCUGAAACACGAAGGAAAAUCUCAUCCAUGUCAUCCAUGGCAAAACUAAAAGACAGCAGAUCGUGUUUCAUAACUAGAUGACGUGUAUUUUAUAAAUGCGUGCAGCUCGUGCAAGGUGAAAUUAUGCUAAUUUCAAUCACCAUCAUCCUUCUUUUUAAUUUUGAAAAAAACAUCUCAUACGUCUUUCUGUUUCUUCGAAACUUCAAAAUUAGUUUCCCCUCAGUUUUUACUGGUUACCUUGUUUUGUUUUAGAGAGAAAAACUGAGAAAAAACCUUACAAUUAACCUCAAUAAAUUUUGUUUACAUGCGGUUGCCGGAUUUGCAACGCAUUGCGCGAAUCGCCAUGGCGCGUUGCACCUGAGAAGCAAAGUUUGAAGAAGUACAACGCCACUAUAUCAAUAUAUAUCAAUCUAAUUUUUUGUUAUGUUAUACAAAAUUUGUCCCCCUUUAACAUAUGUAAAAAUUGAGGUUAAAAAGAGUUAAGCUUUUGCAAACGAAACGGCGAAAGACGAUUAAGUGAUAGUUAGUGCAAGGAGGAGGUAUUCAACACUUUCAAAUUAAACUGAAAUUUUGGCAUUAUACGACCAACAAGUUUGACUUAUAGACGUACAGACACAAACAUAUGAAACUGUUUAUUGAUAUUGUUAUGAAACGAAUUUAUCUAUUUAGCAUUGUAGCCUGAAAUUACAGAAAGAAAAUUGGAUUUCCGGUUUGCAAAAAGGAAAAUUUCGCCGGCCUUCAAGCGCACCGGAAGUGCGGAAAGAGCGCUCGUGCCAGUCCUACUUAGUUCCUUUAGUUACAGAGCAAUCACUGCUUGGAAUUCUCUUAUAAGUGAAGAAACAAAAAAUAGCGCAACACUCUCAGUUUUUAAGCGCGCAGUAAAGCGCGAAUUAUAUAAUAGUUCGUAGUAAAUUUUUUAGGUUUAGCAUUUUUAGAAUAGGUUAAUUUAUUUAUUUGAAUUAGUUUUUUUUUUUAUCAUGAUAUUAUUGUAAUUUUUAUAAGUCGUUUUUAUUCGAUUUCCAAUUAUUGUAAAUUAAAUCGGAAGAGCCACUGGCUGGAGAUUUAAUAAAUUUACUACUACUACUACUACUACUCCGCAUCACACAUUAAAUGAAGAGCGGAGCGCUCGUUUCACCGCCCAACAUUUAUCCGCCCUGGCCCAACCUUUAUCUGAUUCUCUCUAACGGCUACCGCUGAAAUUGGGCCUGAUACAAACUAUGACAAGUUUGCUCGUUACGGCCAGAUUUUGGCCGUAACGCUGAUUGGCUGUUAGAACAAUGCCACAAGAUCUGAUUGGCUGUCGGAAACGCCGGAAGUUGAAAACGCUUAUUCCUCGCGUGGUUGUUUUCGUGAAUGAUCCGUCGUCGGUGGAGCGAAGGAUCGAUUUUGCUGUCUUUUUUAUUGUUUAUGGUCUUAUGGUAGGAAAAUAUGCCUUAAUAUGUACCAUGGAAAUUCAGAAAAUUCAUGUGGUUGUUCAUAUCUUCUCAGGAUUUGCCUUAUUUACGCAAAGUAAGUGUAUCGCGGAGUUGAAUCCCUCUGAAAGUUGUUGACCGGUAACAAGGUGCAUUUUGAUUUACCAACAAACGGGUGCAAAUCAAAAUACUGUCCAUCUUAAAACUGGUUUCAUUUGAAAGUUUAGCCGGGAAUGACUUCUGUGAACGGAGUACGCAAGCGGAGGCUCACUACGAAAGAAACCUCAAUCGCCAACUGUGCAGUAUUAGACGAAAAAUAUCGCAUCGCUGUUCAAGGAACUUUCAGUGUUCACAGACUGGUUGUUUGACUACGCUUUUUGUUAAAAGUAAACCAAGAAAACUGGUGUCCUUGCUCGGGGUAAUGGCUGUUUGCUUUUGUUUUUAAAGAUUUAUGUACUGAAAAUCGGGGGAAAUUGCCGAGGAAAAUAUCAAGACAACGGAAAAAUAGAGAUUUCAGUAUUUUAAAUUCCAGAGCGCCUUGCCAAAAUAAUAAAACUGGUAGAACAUCGUGUCACCGUCUUUUCGAAAACUUUUUACUUUCUACGCCAACAGAAGUAACCUUCGAGGUCUCUAUUAAUCUCGCCAGAAGUUAAAUGUGAUUGUGCUGACUGUUUUAUUUUUAGCUGAAAUAAUAGAGCCUGAUCUCAGGUUAUCUUCUCAUCAAUAUAAUUAUGGUUAGGAUCGCUGUUUUUCUUAGUAAUAAUGAGCGGAUCUUCCUUUUGUUGUUUGAAAUAAUGACCUCUCAAGUAUUUAAGCCCUUCGGAACUUUACAGUGUUAAAAAUUUUCCUUAAAUUCGGCAAACUCAGCCGCAGUUUUCUCAUAUUUGUUUGUCCUCUUGGCGAGAAGGUCCCCGCAUGCAUGAGCCUCGCGUUCAUGAUCAAGGCCUACUCGUCCAAGAAUCUUGUGUCCUUGAUGUUAAGUGUGGAACAGUGCUGAUUAUUUCUUCCGGUCGUGUUCUUGUAUUUAAUUGUUCUUUAAAAGCCAGGUAUCUGUUUUGCAACUGAAGGUAUCGUUUAGCUUUAUCAUCGUCCCGAAGAUCGUUUCGAGAAAGCACGUCAUCCAGGUUGCUUUGUAUUUCUUGCAUAGCUGGAAGAAGCGGGACAGGCGAAAGAGUUUGCUGCUUCAGAUAUUAUGGAAGCUCUUGGGGAAUAUUUUCUUGAAACCCUGCUUGAUACAUUUGCUUCGCCAGAGUCAGGAUUUGCAAUUUGUCUCGUGGAUUCUUGAAUAACACCAGAUAAUGGCUGUUUAGGCUUAUGCUGCGGCUACCUUUCCCCUGAUGAAAUAGAUUCUGCACGAUAUAAAUGACGCUCAGAUUGCGAUGAUGAGAACCACGAGUAACGUGGUUCACAAUUCGCUUGUCUUUAUUGGCGUCAAUCAUCUGAUCAUCAAACACGAUCAAAUUCCGUUUGUUCACAUCAAAAUAGGCAUCGUGCUCCAAAGCCGUAGGAAUUCCCUCGACGAAUUCAAUGUAUAGGCAGGCUACCAUUGUGAAUAACACCAAACGAUCCUCUCCGGGGGAGGGUAAAUGGUCUCUGAAGCUUGUUGCAAUAGCGAUCGAACCCAGGCAGUUUUUAACUCGUGGGUACGCGCGAGCGUACCACGAGUUAUUGCAGGGACUGAGAUAUGCAAAUGAGUCACUCACUCACUCGUAGUAGACGCACUUCGUAAUUAAUCGGGUCCGAACUCGAGAGCGCGAAGAUCUAUCGUUUCCAAAGAAGCACGCGCUCGCCGAAGUUCGGAAGCAUCAAAUUCCUCGCUGCGAGCGUGCAUCGUGCGCUACAGCACGUUUAGGAUAGAGGUCUUACCAAAUUUAAGACAGGCAGGAAUCUUUCAAAUUAGUACGAUUCAAAAGCCUUUGACCCGUCCAGGCGUUAAACUUGACAAGAAGAUGAGCAUUUGCUCUUCGACUCCUUCAACUUCGACGCUGGCUUGAUCUCCUACCUUGUAGUACUGUAGUAGGUUAUGUGUAUGAAUGAAUUUAUGGCGGUCAGUAUAAAACACGGACUGCGGACUACGGACUGCGGACUGGGUAUAAAAUACGGACUAUAAAAUACGGACUGGUGAAAUGUAUGGUAAAUAAAGGCACUUCUUCUUCUUCUUCUUAAGGACUCCCCAAGAUCACAGGGGGAAAUGGAUGUGAGUUUGAGCAUUAGGCAUUACCUUUUUAAAAUAACAGCGGAAAUCGAGAUACGAAAACAUAAGCUAAUGUUUUGCGUCCUACUUCGCGGAGGAGUUGUGUCGGCUUUGUAUCGCAUAUGUUCUUUCAUUGCCAUGAAAUGCGUUUACAUUGUUUGUUACUGUCAGUAGCCUGUUUUCAAUUAGCCUUAAUUUCAUCCCAUUGCUUCGAGUCGUUUUUAUGGCUCGAUCGUUUGCCCCGGUCGUUUGCCGGCGGAAGUUCCAUGGAAAAGGCAUUCAAUUUGAGACUCUUCGCCAAAUCAGUUUACCAUCCUAAAUGGCGUAAUGGCUAUGUGAGCUCGAGUUAAACCGAAGGUACCGGAUUCAAAUCCUGCUAAGGACCUUCUUCCUUUUUUUUUUCUUUUUUGUUUUGUCUUGUUUGCUUAUUUGUUUUGCUGUUUUUUUUUGUUUUGCUUUUAAAUAUAUACUUAAAUCAGUAACUGUUACUAAAGUGCAAUAAACAGCAAGAAAAGUAUUGUGUUUCCAGAACAAGGGUAGUAUAUUUAUAAUAUAAAUUUCUAUCAUUUCCUAAAAUUCACUGUGGGAAAACCAGAGGUGAUAACUAAUUGAUUAUUUUCUAAACAACGUACCCACGAGUUGACGAUAGUCUUUCUUUGAUUCCGGACCAGGUCAUUCCGGCAAUCAUGGAGGUGAAAGGGUGCUCGAAGCAAAACCGCUGACAUUUCUGUGAAAAUAUUGGAACUGUUUGAAAUGGGGUGAGACUAGCAUUGCGGUGUUUAGACAUCACGUGCCUUUGCAUAUUAUCUUUUCUACUAAAGGAUUUGUCGCAGACAGAACAGAGCCACCUCAUGUCAACUCCUCAGGAGCAAAAUGUAGACUGAGAAAGAGGUAGAAUGUUGCACAUUUAUAUAGGUUUUCAGGCCACAAAAUUCUAUUGUUUUCCUCGCCUAAAACCACAAUUACCACCACCACCACCACAUUUCUAUUGUUUUCUUUCCUCCUCCUCCUCCUCCUCAUUUCUAUUGCUUUUCCUCCUCCUCCUCCUCAUUCUAUUGUUUUCCUCCUCCUCCUCUUCAUUUCUAUUGUUUUUCCUCCUCCUCCUCCUCAUUCUAUUGUUUUCUGUCCUUCGCCCACUCGUUUCAUUUUUUUUUCUCCACGAGAUUCUAUAUAAGACUGCCAACUGCCAUCUUUAGUUCACUUUGCAGCAAUGUCUCGUGUAGGGAACAACAAUCGUGGUUUUCUUCAGCUGUUAGCUUAUUGCCCUGCUUAUCAGCGCCAGUUUCUUUUAAAGACAGCUAAUCCAAAACAACUACAUGCACUAGUCCAAGUCUUAUACAAUAUACUCAUGGGACACAUUCCUAUCUCCGAAGAAAAUAAGCGGAUAUUGCUGCAACAUAAGGAUGCUUUACUUAACCCGGCUAGACCAAAUGUCCCUUUCAAAACAAAGACGCAAGUCCUUGUUCAAGAGGGUAGUGGUUUUAUUGAAGAUGUAUUAGCCCCUGUCGUUUCAAGCUUAGGAUUUCUAAUGCUAUAAGAGAGGUGACACAUCGCUAGGUUGAUCAUUCGAAGCCAAGUCUGUCACGGGUGCUCAUCAAAAAUGAAGAGAAAGAUAGAUUUGGUUGAAGAAGAAGAUCACGAGAGUGAAGAUGAAGAAUGCGAAAGUUCUGGUGAUGAAAGCGAGGAUGAAGAACCAAGAAUAAAGGAUGUUUUGAGUCAUCUUUCCCGAGCAGUGCCGGAACAGCGUGCUUCUGAUUUGCUGCAUAGUAUGGCCGCGUCCAAAGAUAUUCUUUUCUGGACCCCCAGCGGACAAUUACUUGGAAAUAAACGCACUAUUCCCGUCACAAACACCGCUGAGCUAGUUGAGUAUGUGUCACUCCCUCAUAACAAUGAAGUUACCAAGCCUCGUGCGCUGAAUACGUUUCUAGAUGGACUUGCGGAGUUAGGGAUAGAUAAAGGUUUAAUCAAGAAAAAAAAGGUGUUAAGUGAUUUAAUAGAAAAAGAAAAAGGCUACCAAAAUGUAGAAAAUACUUCCGAUAACGAAAGUAAUAAUGAAGAGAGUUCAUCGGAUAUUGAAAAUCAGGAGGAGGAAGUGGCCUCUGAGAAUGGCGCUGAAGCUGAAGGCAUCCAAGAGAGCGACGACACUGAAAACGACAGUCAGGAGAUAGAAAGUAGUAACCCUGAAACGUCCACCACCUUUCACUCCAAAAGUCCCUGUGAACAAUGCGAGAACUCUAAUAUGUACGGGACAUUGAUCAUGAAAUGUCCUAAAUGCCUUUGGCACGAUUACUACAAGAUUUGUCUUAUAUGCGAUCACCAGAUUCCCGAGGGGAGACAUUACAUGAAAGAGGGCUUUCUUCGGUGUCACGAUUGCGGACCAGUUACACACAAAAACGCGAAGACGUUGGAAACCAAUUUCUAUUCCCCUUCUACAGAGGAGAACGAAGAUGAAGAUUAAUUAAUUUCCAUUCCUAUUGUGCGCUAACUAAGAUAUAGGAAGCCGUUUCUCGCGUUGCCAGGUGAUCGCUUCUCUUAUUACUAUGUUUCUUUUAAUAGACGGUCCGAAAACCGGGCUCAAGUUACUUACCGGGCAAGUCUAGGCAAGUCUAUUGUUCCUAUUGUAGUAGAGUGACGCUUAUUAGUAAACCUAUCCACUUCAUUAUAUAUGGAGGAAGACACUUAAUUAGUAUGCAGGAAAUCCAAAUUAGUAUGCGGGAAAUCCAAAAUGGGGUUAACUUCCAACAUAGUCCACUACUAAGAUCAGUUUUGUACACCACAAUUUACACUUCGAGCAGUUUCUCGAGCAAUCUCUUAUUUUUCUUUGCAAAGUUACUGCACGCAAAACCCAAGCACGCAAGCGGCGAUCGAGGGGAGGGCUUAUGCCAAUCCCAAUCCCUUAUAAUAUUUAUUGUAGCAUAAAGUCAUGGUUGCAAUCGCGCUGGCUGAGUUAAGAACUAGACGGAUUUUGAGACAAGAGGCAGACUUCAAGCAGUCUAACCACAAUUUUACAGUUGCAAAAUAAAGCCUGGAAAAAUUCAAGCUUAUGCAGGGCUCGCACAUGCAAGCCUGAAUUUUCACUCUGCUUGACUUGACUGUACUGACAUGAAUGUUGGGGUCUGAUAUCAAGACAAUUCAUUCAAAUUCUCCAACCAAAAGUAUUUUGCUUAGGGUAUUCCUAAACUAUUAGUGAAUACAUGUGGUACCUUACAGGGAUGCCACUGUUAGAUUUCAAGCUGCUGACUGUAUGCAAUCAGAAGGUGGAGAAUUGAACAGCUCAGAAGUUUUGUUGGUUCUAUUUACCUUUUGUUUCCUUUGAAAGUGCCGCAAGGAGGUCCUUCUUAUAGAAACCGGGGGAUGUAGCAUUUCCGGAGGGAUAGUUAGAGUUAUGAAAUCAGGAAUAUAUGAAUUUCGUAUACUGGAAUUGUGGAAUGAAACAAAAAGGCAAAGAAGAUCAUUGCAGUUUUUUAACUGCAAUGCGUUUUAAAAACGCAGCUUAUGCAGUGGUGAAUUUCAGGCUUGCCAGGAUUCAAACCUUCACCUCUGCAAUGCCAAUUCAGUGCUCUAACCAAUUGAGCUAACAUACUAACUGGCAGCUGUUCAUUUUAAUAGACUGGUUCAUGAUAUACCCUAGAAAGAUGAACAACGGAUGAAAUCAUGAAUUCAUCUAUUGGAACCGCGGAAUGAAGAGAUGAAUGCAAAGAUAAUUAGAAUGUGCAGCAAAAUAUGCAAACACUUCUCACAGGAGACAGUCUCACAUGUGCUUACGUUUUUCACUUUCUCUACUCUCCUUGAGGAAACCCUAAAGACUUACUUAUUAUCUAGGGCAAGCUAAAUGGACCGAAGAAUGUAUUUUCAGGGAUUAUUUUAAAUUGUACAUAAUGAAAUGUUUCUUGAGCGUUUCUCAGGGUAGGCAAACUGAUGAAGACAGUUCUAAAGUGCCUGUUUAUUUUUUCAGUUUCUCAGCAUAGCUCUGCUUCCAGUGAUUCAACUCAGACUCUGUGUGGAGGUGCACUGGGACCAGACUGGAGCUCAGGACUAACUCUAUGUGAUAUAAACAGUGAAAAGGAAGCUAAAAGACAAGUUUACGUUCGGUACAACUGUGAAGUCAAACACCUGAUUGAUCCACAGGAACUGAAACAAAGUAAUCAAAACGAAGCAUCCUCUCCAUGGCAUGAAACUACUGGAAGGGAGUCAGCAGAUCUGCCUGAUUGGCCAGUGUAUGUUCAGCUUACAAAUGAUGAGAUAUAUGGGUGUGAUCUUAUUGUUUCUGCAACAGGAGUCAUUCCAAAUACACAACCCUUUGCCUCAUGCGCUCCAUUUCAUAUUGCCGAUGAUGGUGGCCUGUUAGUUGACUCAAAUAUGCAAACCAAUGUUGUAGACGUUUAUGCUGCAGGUGAUGUUUGCAGCACUGGCUGGAACCCAGCUCCUUGUUGGUUCCAAAUGAGGCUGUGGAGUCAGGCACGACAGAUGGGAGUGUUUGCAGCUAAGUGUAUGAUGGCUCAUUUAUCUAAUGAGCAAAUAUCGACAGAUUUUUGCUUUGAACUGUUUACACAUGUGACACAGUUUUUUGGAUAUAAAGUAGUGUUGUUAGGUAAAUACAAUGCGCAAGGACUGGGUAGUGACCAUGAAUUGCUGGUCAGAUGUACCAAGGCUGUGGAAUACGUCAAAAUUGUUCUUCACCGUGGUAAAAUGUGUGGAGCUGUUCUUAUUGGUGAAACAGAGCUGGAAGAGACUUUUGAGAACUUAAUUCUAAAUGAAAUGGAUUUAACUCUUCUGAGGGAUCAUUUACUAGAUCCAAACAUAGACAUUGAAGAUUACUUCGACUGAUUAAAACUCGUUGGAUAAGUAAUUUUGACCUUAACCUGUCACUGAAAUAUCGCAGUUUACUGUACCUUUUUACAGUUUUCGUCAUGUUUAAGAAGUUCGAAGGAUUUAAGGGGUUUAAGGAUUUCAGACCAAAUUGCACUCCACUCAAUUCAAUGAGCAUUAUAAAUCAUUAACAUUGG